CCCACAUUCCAUGCAGGCUUAGCUUGCCUGCCUGCCCGACCAUGCUACUACCUCUAAUGGGGGAUUUCCAUCCAUCCCUGCGGCGCAGGGGCGCCGGACCAUUCCUCCUCCCGCUCCUCCUCCUCCUCGGAUCCUUCUUGCUCCUCGGUUGUUGUUAUGGCGAUGAUAAGACGACCGUCCAUGUUGUUGGGUUCGGAGAAUGUUCUGACUGCAAGGACUAUAACAUUCAGAGCAGUCAUGCUUUUUCAGGGCUUCGCGUGACAGUUGAUUGCAAGGUGGGAAAUGGAGAGAUGAAAACCAGAGGAGUUGGAGAGAUGGAUAAAGAUGGGAAGUUCCAUGUCUCAUUGCCCAAGGAGAUGGUGAUGAAGGACAAUGGGGAACUAAAGGAGGAAUGCUAUGCUCAACUUCAUAGUGCAUCUUCUACCCCAUGCCCUGCCCACAAUGGCAUUGAGGCCUCUAAGAUUGUUGCUGCUAAAUCAUCUGCCACAGCGGUGUUUCAACCCGCGGGCAAUCUUAAGUUCUCUACCGCGC